CAUUACCCAACAAAACCACGCAAGAGCCUUCACUGGUUCUGGUUCUUAUUAUCAUUUAAUCCUUCCAAUUAAGCAGAGUCUUGAGUCCAAAAAUGGCUACCUCGGCCAACCUGAUCUUCUUCCAUCUGUUCUUGCUACUUGGUCUUUUACUCCUUUCUUGUUCAGAGCUGGUAGUGUCUCACUCUGUGGUUGAGUCUCUCCCAGGAUUCCCAGGCCCCCUUCCUUUCGAGCUCGAAACCGGAUACAUAGGAGUGGGUGAAUCAGAGGAUGUGCAGCUAUUCUACUAUUUUGUCAAGUCCGAAUCCAACCCGAAAGAGGACCCGCUUCUCCUUUGGCUAACUGGGGGCCCUGGCUGCUCUUCCUUCUCUGCCUUUGCUUAUGAGUUAGGUCCCCUGAGUUUUAAGCCCAUGCAGGAAGAUGAAGGCAUCCCCACACUAAUCCUGAAUCCUUUCUCAUGGUCUAAGGUGGCAAGCAUAAUUUUUUUAGAUUUGCCUGUUGGUACUGGAUUCUCUUACGGAAGAACUUCUUGUGCUUUCCAAUCUACUGAUUUGCAAGCAUGUGACCAAACUUAUCAAUUUAUGAGGAAGUGGUUAGCUGAUCAUCCAGAAUUCCUUUCGAAUCCGUUUUACGUGGGUGGAGAUUCUUACUCAGGCAUUACGGUCCCAAUUAUUGUUCAACUAAUAUCAAAUGGAAAUGAAGCAGGGAUUGACCCACUUAUUAAUCUCAAGGGAUAUAUACUUGGCAACCCAUCAACAAAUUAUGUCAAGGAGAGAAAUUAUGACAUCCCAUUUGCUCAUGGAAUGGGGCUUAUUUCAGAUGAGCUCUAUGAGUCAUUGCAGAUAAGUUGUCAAGGAGACUAUUUCAAUCCCAAAAAUGCCCAGUGCUCACAGGAUAUUCAAGCUUAUUAUAAGUGCACUCUAGGAAUUCAACUUGUUCAUAUUUUGGAGCCGGUGUGCCAUUCUUCUAGUCCAAGACAACAUGAAUUUUUCAAUAAAGGAAGAUCCCUUACUGAGAGAAACGUGGAGCUUGAUGUUCCUGAACCAGCAUCACCCUGUGCACAUAAUCGAGAUGCUCAAUAUCUGAUUUCUGCCCGUUGGCUCAACAAUGACACUGUCCGAGAAGCACUCCAUAUCCAGAAGGGCAGCAUUGGGGAAUGGAUAAGAUGCAACUAUAGGCUCUCUUACAUGACCACAACCUGGAGCAGCUACCAGUAUCAUGUAAAUCUCAGCAGCAAAGGCUACAGGUCUCUCAUAUAUAGUGGUGAUCAUGAUCUGGUGGUUCCAUUCUUGGGAACUCAGGCAUGGAUAAGAUCUCUUAACUAUUCCAUUGUUGAUGACUGGCGUUCGUGGAUUGCAGAAGGCCAAGUUGCCGGAUAUACAAGAACAUAUUCCAAUAGGAUGACAUUUGCUACAGUAAAGGGGGCAGGGCAUGUAGCUCCAGAGUACAAGCCUCUUGAAUGCGCAGCCAUGUUUGAAAGGUGGAUCUCUCAUCAGCCUCUGUGAGCAAUCUGGGUUACCCAAAAUGGUGAAAAACCUUAUGAUCAAUCUUAAGUUGCAAAAUCCCGAUGUGGGAUAUGGUUCUUCUCAUUGUUAUCUGUUGAUGGAAGUUUUAUUUAUCCACAUGUUUCGAGGGAUGUAAUAUAUCUCUUCUUUUAUUUUAAGAAUAUUAAAAAUGGAUUGCUUGGAGCAAAACCAUUUUGAUUGGCAAACAUAAGAGGGCUUCUUACCCUCGAGCUUAUGAAGGAAAAACAUUAGUUAAAUUUUACCU